CCAGAAGGGGCAGAAAGAGCUGAGCUCAGGCAAGGCGAGGCAUCCUCCCUUCCUCUCUGCAUCCCUUCAUCCAUCCUGCCAUCCAUCCACUCACAGGCUUAAACGAACGCCAAACGCAUUGACUGCGCUUUCCUCGUUUUCUAGUUAAGGCUGUCAUUGUAAUCACUGCGCGAGGUUGGCAGACGCUGCUUAGAGACGCCGUCUGGCUCUCUCGCUUUCUCGCUGCGCGCGUGCGUGUGCGCGUGUGCGCGUGUGCAUCCCCCCCCCCCCUCUAAUCCUUUAUGCACGGCACGCUGCUGCUCCAGCCCUCACGGAGAACGCGGGAGUGCGCGUGCCGGUGUUUCUACAGCAGCAGCAGCAGCAGCGUGAGCAUGGCUCCGUCUAGCCGCGAGGGCGACUGAGGUGCUCGACGAUGGAGGCGAAGCAUCAGCACCAGUAUCAGCAUCAACAGCAUCAUCAGCAGCAGCAGCAGCGCUCAAGCAAGAGCGUGAGGAGCCACCCAGAGGACGGAGGAGGAGGAGGUGGUGGUGGUGGAGGUGGGGGGGUUGGUGGGGCAGGGGGACACCGUGCCGAGAUGGAGAUGCAGGCGAAGAUCCAGAAAGCCGUGGACUUCAAGCUGGAGGGCCAUCGCUGCUACAAGGAGAAGAAGUUCCGCGAGGCCAUUGGCAAGUACCACCGGGCCCUGCUGCAGCUCAAAGGCGUCCACGGCUCCGAGGUGGAGCUGCUGAACCAGGCGGCAUCCAAGCUGACCGAGGAGCAGCGGAGAGCCGUGGAGAGCACCGAAAUCGAAUGCUAUGACAGCCUGACAGCGUGUUUGCUGCAGUCGGAGCUGGUGAAUUAUGAGCGAGUGAAGGAGUAUUGUUUGAAGGUGCUUGGUCAUCAGCAGGACCAUUUUAAAGCCAUGUACCGCGCUGGAAUCGCUUUCUACCACCUGGGAGAUUACGAGUGUGCCCUGCGCUACCUCCGUGACGCCAAGAGCCGCGAGCCGACAGACACAAACGUGUUGCGGUACAUCCAGCUGACGGAGAUGAAGAUGAGUAAGAGUGGUCAGCAGGUGCGAGAGAGUGGCAAAGAGGCUUUGGGUUAAGGGCUUGUCGUCCGCCUCCGCCAAACUUCUCUUCACAAAUCUCUCCCCCUUUUCUCCUGCACCCUUCGUCCAAUGGACAACAAGGACCCAUGUACUGUGCCCUUCUCUGAAGAUGGACUCCUUUUGGCACAGAUACUGAACAGAAGAAACCCCCUUUGACUCUUCCUAUCGCUCUUCUACCGAAUCUUCUCUGUCCCUUUAAAACCAACCAACCGACUGCCCCGGUGCUUUCUGUGUCCCAGGUACUGACUGACCAACCCAUGACGAUGAGGAAAAACAACUACAAAACACAAAGAGAAGUGCUGUAUUAUAACGAUAAAAGCAGUAAAGGUCAAAAGAAAGAUGACAGUUUCACAUGGACCUUACAGGACCUACUGUUCUAUCAUGAAUGAGCAGUGAAGAGUAGCUGUAGAGAGGUGGAGGUGUUACUGUGUGGUUACAAUCUUUAUCUUUAAACGAGAAGAGCACACAUAUCAAAGCCACAGUGCAGGCCUACGAUGAAGCAAUUGACCCUUGGCCUCGUGCUGAGCCUUUUUCGUCCCACACCUCGCACUUCCUUGCCGAAGGACUCAAGUGAAAGGUUGCUGUUCCAGAAUGCAACUGGAUACUGCUGAGCUCUAUCCACAUCUGCCUGCUUUUCUGUUUUCUGUUUGUUUGUGUUUUUUUUUUUUAUUAUUAUUUCUCUCUCUCUCUUAAAUUUGGGCAUAUUCAACUGAGGUUCUGAACUGUUUCAAUUCAAGGGCUAAUUCAAGUGUUUGUAAUUCGUCCUCUGCUUUCUCCUUCUGUUUCGCUGUUUGCUGGUCAUUGUACAGUACAUUCAGUGGUUGAGGCAAGUUCGUGAUGUUUGUCUUUCUCCAAGGAACAAAAAAAGCAAAAAAAAAAAAAAAAAAAA